CUAUUACGAAUGAACAACAGGAUGUAUUUGUGCUUUGCGUUGGCUAGCUGGGAGUGCUAAUCCUCCAUUUCCGCAUUAGUCCGCCCUGUUCGUGUUGUAGCUUGUUAGGUUGAUCUGAAUGCUGCACAGCACGAGGCACUCCUAUCAAAGCAACUAUGGAUGUCUCUCAUGAAAUAAAUUUGCUGGUGCAGGAGAUUCAGCGGCUUGGCAGUAAAAAUGACGAUGGUCAAACCAGCGUGAAGUUUGGCGUCCUGUUUAAUGACGAACAGUGUGCCAAUAUAUUCGAGGCGUUGGUGGGCACCCUGAAGGCAGCCAAGAAGAGGAAGGUGAUCAACUUCCAGGGCGAGUUGCUUCUACAGGGCGUCCACGAUAACACUGAGAUUGUCCUGCUCUAAGAGUGAGGCCAAAGUUUGGACCAGAUGGGCUUCUAGCAACUGUUCAAAAUACUGAGCUUCUGCAGCAUACUGGCUCGUCACUGAGCUUCUGUUUCCAGUUAUCAUCCUUCAUGUACAAGGCUCAGUAUUUGAAUUCAAACCUAAUUACCAAACAGAUUAGAUCGAACUCUACCAGCGGCAGCGGCAUGGCUGCAUAUGAUUUAAUUUGAUUUUAACAAGUCAAACAGAAUCUCAGAGAUGUAUUUGAGAUUUAAUUUUAGCUUUUCAGGGGCUCAAUAACGGCCACAUUCAUAAUUUCGCAUGGUAAGGAAAUGUUAUCUCUCUAUCUCUCUCUCAGGCGUUGCUGUUUUAUCAACCCACGGGUCUGACAUGUCAUUUUGAUAAACUUUUAAGACUAUAAACGCACAAAUCAGGAAUGUAAUAAUUUGUGUAAAGCAUUCAUUUGGGUAUUUUUACAGUAACUAUCACAACCUAAUGCCUCUUUUGAUGGUGUCAGGGGAAAAAGAUGCACAGAACAAGAUACUGGCUAGAUUUAGCAACUUUGACAGACUUCUUCAAUUUUAAUUGGAGUGCUCUGAUCUUUCAAUCUGACCGGUUGUUUGUAAUGGAUACUUGGUUUUUAAAACUGCACUAGACAAAUUCUCCAUUUAUCAGCCUCAAGUGACAAUGAGAGACCUUUUGACUGAAAAAUUAUAUAAUGUGUUGAGAUGUUUAAUCUACUGCAGCUUUAAAACAACGGGUAAUGUGUGUCCACCAAAUGGCAGUUCCAUUUAUUGUUUACACGAGCCAUUUAUACUACCUCUUGUGGACUUUGUAAGAAGGCGUUAUUAGACCAGCGCUUUUGGAAAUCUAAGAACUAUUCUUUCAUGGAAACCACAAAGACAAGUGCAUUUUAAGAAAGACUUUUGCACCUUUUUGUACUCAUUGCAAUCUGCUAAAGUCGUUUUUAUUCCAUCUUUUUAUAAGCGGUCAAUUACCGAUUAUUACCGAUUAACUGCUAAACAAACUCCAAAACGACUUGCCUUUCGAAAGAAAUAGUUGAUGAGCAAAUGGCGAAUGUAUUUCUUGUGCAAUUUGUAUUAGUGUGUGAUUACAAGGUGAUUUGGUGCCAAAUGCAAAAUAUAAAUUUGUAAUGUUUCUCAGGACCAAAUCGACACAGCCAAAAUAUGUUUAAUUAUUGUCCUGUGGCUGAAAUUAGGUGUCUUACUUGUGACACAAGAUGUGCAUUUAUAGUUUUAUUAGGUUUUUUUGUUGUUUUUAUUUUACCAUUCUUUGUUCUGUACUGUAGGUCAAAUGAUACUUGCAGAUCAGGCGUGACCACUUCACUUCCCACUUGUUAUUGUCGGUUUAAGCAAAGCUCAUUUUUGUUAUUUCAUUUUGCUGAAAUAUCAUUGACAAACACUCCCAAGCUUUGUAUGGAGGCCCAGAGUUGGCAAAUUAAAUAGAAAAAUAAGACAUUAUAAACUAUAUAAUCAUUUGAAGAAAUACGGACAAACUAUGAAUUAAAUCCUGAAACUAUAUAUAUAUAUUUGAAACUCACUUUUAACUUCUUUCCAUCAUAACUUUUCAGGUCGAUUUUUAUUUAAUUUCGACUGUUUUUAUUUCAAAAUGUCCUUUUUCCUAAAGUCCAUUUUAUUUCAAAAUGCCACUGUUCACUACAAAGAAUCGGCACUGCAGACACUAGCUAUGUCACAGGCUGUUCACUUAUUCAUACCAAAACAACAGCCAAUCACAUAGCUGGUUUGUCUUGAUUAACAAAAACUUGGUGAUGAAACAUGGCAAAAAAAUACAUUUUGAAAUAAAAACUGCAGCAAUAAAAUGUAAAAUAACCUGUAACACAAACUCUUAUUCUAAAAAUAAGCAUGAUUAAUUAGAAUAUUUAACAAUGCAAUGUUUACAUUUCAUAUUUUGUCUGUAUUUAUUCAUAUAAUUUAUUUUAUAAUAUCUAAUUCAUUCAUUUAAUUUUGACCACUUUGAUUCUCCAUAGCUCUGGUAAGGGGCUGCAGCUAUUUGGAUGUGAGAAAUAGUUUUUGCACCAGAAAGAACAGCAAGCUCCAAAUGUUUGCCUGAAUGUAAUAUCUACUUAGCAAAUGUUGCGUUCAUCAUACUCUUCCUACUUCUCAUUACAUUUUGGGCCUUUUGUUUACUACCAUCAACACAUAACGCCGUGUGAAAUCACGCCUUAUCUGUAAGUUUCAGACCCAUUUCACAAUGACUGCUGUUGUAUCAGCCUAGUUAAAUCUUUUAGGCUCAGGUGUUGGCUGAUUGACUUGAAUUAUGUGAUUCUUUUAAAAAAAAAAACAUAUAGGAGACUAUUCACGUGCUUUAUGAUGGUGUUUUAAACUGCAUUGGUGACAUAGAUGGAUCAAAAAAAUCUGUCAAUCUAGAAAACCGAAUGAGUUUAAUCAUAUUCUGUUUAUGAGUGAAAUUGAAAUGUAGCCUUGUAAAGAUGUGAAAAGUCAUGUGAAAUGUAAUCAUCAGAAUACAAACAAUAGUCUGAGUAGAAGUCCGAAAUGUUUGGAAAUAACAGAAAAGCAAGAGUGAGGAAGAAACAUGCUGCUUGCAUCACUGUCAUUUUAGAUUAUCCUGCUGUUGUUGCACUGGAGUGAGUUUAAGAUGCCUUCCUGAACAUAAACAGAACUGUACAAGUCAACCGUUAGGAAGAGGAGAAAGUUUUCAGAGCCAAUACCUUGAAGCCAUUUCUGUGAACCAGUGGGAUGCCUGCAUGAUGUGUUCAAGUGCUUCAUUACUGUCUUUUGUAUUGGCAAUAACACAUUCCUAAACGAACAGUUCCUGUGACUAUGGAGUAAAAUCUACACUUGAAGCCUUGAA